GCACCCUAGAAUGAGGCUUUGUACAAUGUCGGUAUUUCAGAUCGCCAGACACAAAUUCCUAUAAGGUGAUUGUUCUGUCUGCUACCUGGUCUGUGAUGAUACGAUUAGUGCACAUCCAGAGCAAUCCAGAGUGUGCGAUGGAUUCGUAGAGAGUGUUGAUGAAACAGGGUGAAAGAUGAAAAACGCGAAAGCUAAAGCAAGACAAUGUAUGGAACGUUUUGGAGAUCAAGGAGGAUAUUUUGAUGUUGUUGUACGUCCGAUGUUACAACAAGGACACGAGGGAGAAUUAUGCGGAUGGUUAAAAGAAAUGAGUUUAAUUAGGACUGUUUCUACUUGUCCCCAUCCUGAAUGCAAAGGAAGGAGUCUGGCUUGGAAUCAAGCAAGAAUUGUAGAUAAAUAUAGUUGGUCUUGUCCUAGUUGUACAAGGAAACAAUCUAUUAGGGAGAAUUCAUUUUUCUUUGGAGUUAAAUGUGACCUGAAAAUGUGCCUUCAAUUGAUAUUAGGAUGGUGUCAAAUGAUACCUAGCGAACUCACUGCCAGUUAUCUAGAAAUAAAGAAACAUGUAGUUAAAAAAGUAUACGAAAGAUGCGACGAAGUUUCUGAAAAUUAUGUAGCAAGUCAUCCAGAAGAUUGGGUUUUAGGAGGUCAAAGUGCAAUAUUAAUUGUAGAUGAAUUUCCUAAUGGUUACAUGACUGAGAAUCCAUCUGAUAUAACUACCGCUAAAAAACGCAAUAAUAAUUCUCAUACAAUAGUAUGCAUAGCCGAAGCGAAUACUAUACCAACUCGCAUGUGGCUGCAUAUGAUUGAAGCACUUCCAGAGCCAGUAAAAGUUGAGAAGAUGCAAGGAGAUGGUGGCAAAUGUGACAUGGUUAAAGAAGCUUUAAAAGAAAUUACAAAACAUACUGCUCCUGGUAGUUAUAUUGUGGCAAAUAGCCGAGCACGAUGUUGUAGUUAUGAAUCAUUACAAGAAUUAAAGCAAUACAAAGUGAUUAGCGUAGAACAAUUACAAAAGUUCGACCCGCCUGGUAAAAACAAACUCCUUAACAAUCUAGAAACGAUUUGGCAAACCGGGGUUGAAGUUUGUGAAGAAAUUCAAGAAACUACCCAUACCUUAGGACAACGUAUAAUAUCAAAGCAUUUAUGGAGACAGAGAUUCGGUACGUCUCCUUCCAUGGCAUUUCAAUAUAUGCUUAAUCAUAUUGCCGAAUGUUAUCGCUUUGUUUAAACGAUUUUAUCGUAAUAUUUUCGCUAAUGGUAUAUUUUUCUACUUUGACAAGCAAUAUGAAGUGCUAGUGAAUAACUUUUUUCUGAAAACUUUUUAAGGUAAUAUCUUAAAAUGAAUUAAUAUUCUAUAAGGUAGGAUGUUAUUUACCAACGGUAUCGAUAAUAUCCUAACUGCACAAGUUGCACAAAUGGCCUUAUUAAAGUUUAAAAAAAUGAAUUACUUAUAAGCAAAGUAUAAAUACUAUAGAAAAUAUUUUCAUAUAAACGAAAUGACGUUUUAUUGAAACACGCAUUUUGUGUCUUCCAAAUAUCAGAAUGUAAUUAUUUCUGAAGUUAAAUGUUUAUAAUAAUCGUUGAUUAGUUAGAGCUAUAACAUUAUACAAGAUAAACUCAAUUCUGUUAAAGCACUUUGAAAGAUAUGGGUUCACUUUUCAUUUUUAUAUGAAUUUAAAUUGAUAAACUAAUUAAUGAAAGACUGACGGUGAUAUUGAUAUAAUAUCAAGUUGCUAAUACAUCUAAAAAAGAAUCGAUAACGUAUAUUAUAACGUUAAUACUCAGAAUUUUUUCAUAAAAUUGACUAAAGAUUCUUUUCUUACUUGAAUCUUAAUAUACGAAGCAAAUGUUACCCAUUUAAAUUGUCUUGUAGAAAAUGAACUAAUUCAAAGAGAAGUACCUAAUAAUACCAGGUGCAAUUAGUACCAAUAUCGUUUUGUAACAGUUGUAAUAUUUAGCACUGAACUUAAAUUUUAUUCAAAGGUUUAUGACAGUAUUACUCUGAAUAAUAUACUGCAAAUCAAUUAUGUUUUAAUGAAAGUGCACGUUUAUAACUUGUUCAGAUUGUAGUCGGUUUUCUUCCUAACUUAAGCUGAAACUCACCGAAUCGGUGAUAUUGAGCCUAGCAGUUUAUAUCAGCUUGUGAUAAAACCGACUUUGUGAUAUACAAACGUUAAUUUUGUUCGUUUCUCGAAUCAUAUCAACAGAAAGAAUAGACUAUCAAGGUUGUAAAAUUUUUGAGAAGUUUUUGCGAACAAUGUGAUAAUUACGUUACUUCAUACGGUAAAAAUGGUAUAUUAGAAGUUGAAAAGAUAAGGAAAUAAUCUCUACGUUAUAAGUACGUAUAUUGAAAUUAUAACCGCGUAUACUACGUAUUUUUUAUUUAGGUAGUUGAUAAUAUCGUUUUUAUUGCAUUACAUAACGAUAUUGAGAAAUACAAAUUCUUCAUUCAAAAUAUUUUGAUUAUGAAAUUUUUCAUAUUUUUGUAAUUAUUAAUCAUAUAGCAAUAUUGUUAUUAUUACUGUUAAAUAAUUACAAUAUAAGUGAAAUACAUUUCAUAUCAAAUUGUAAUGAAAGAAUUAUAACUCAUGUAUUCAUUGAAAAUUGAUAUUUAAGUACCAAAUAAAUUGGUAAAACUUAAAUCUCCUGUUUGUAUCGGGAUAAGAACUGUUUACAAAUAUUUUCGUAUGUAUCUUUAUUUACAACAGAUAAAGAUCAAGAAUAAAGUAUAUAACAAAAUAUUUUUCAACAAUUGUGUACAUAAAACUUUUAAUAAAAAAAAUCAUGUAAGAAGUAUCGGGCUUCUUUAUAUUAGUUUAUUCAAAAUGAGAUUCUGUACGAAAUUUCUCGGUACAUUUUAUUCUUUUGUUAGUAUUACAUCAGAGGUUUUGAUAUUUUCGUUCAUAAUUUGCUUGUAAUCGUUCUGAUCUUGCACCAUUCUUCGAAAGACUCGAUAUUUCUGAUUAUGAUACCUUAAAAAAAAAAAUAAGAAUAGUAUAUUUUACGUUGCACGAAUAAUAAUAGAAAUAAUCGUUCCCUCGCUUACUUGUGACAUUCAUUUUUAGGUUUUACAAUAUUUGCUGAUCCUCCCAUUGUUUUAAUAGCAUCGUAAAUAGUAUGAAAUUUUCUAGCUGCAUAAGAUCCCAGGAUCGCAGCUCCUAUCAAUACUGAUUCCUUUUCAACCGGGCAAAGUACAGGUAAGCCUAAUACAUCCGCUUGUAUUUGAAUAAACAGCGGAUUUUGGCUUAGACCUCCGCAAACUAGUAAGGUUUCUAUUUUAUGACCGGCAUCUUCUAGUGUUUCCAAAAUAUAUUUUGUACCAUACUGUAGAGGAACAUAAAUUUUACUAUGUUAUUAUCAAAAACAAGUUAAAGACUUAAAUAUCGCAAGUAUUCGUACCGUUAAUGCUUGUAACGUUGCCAAAUAUAACAGUGCCAAAUUUUCUUGAUCAACAGACAAAGACAAGCCCGAUAUCUACACAACAUUCAGUUAAAGACAAAUAACAAUCAAAUAAUUUGUAUGAAACAUAAGAAACGUUUAAUGUUUUUACCAUUCCUUUAAGCGUUGGAUCAGCUAAAGGUGAACGAUUUCCAUGAAAAUCAGGCCAAACAUGAAUUUCUUUUGUUAAGUAAGAAACAUUUUUCAAAUUUCUAUGAUCUGCCAUUGUUUGUAACAAUUCAGACAAGUAUUGUUGUAUGUGUCUAAAAACAAAGUUGAAUAAGUUUCUUUUUAUCGUCCAAAUUUUUAAUGAAUCAACUUACUUGUUUCCACUUAAUCUUUUUAGGAUCCCUGGUGUCGCGGGAUGGGUAUCAAUUAUAUGAUCGAGUAAUUUUCCAGUAGCACUUUGUCCUCCUUCAUUCAACCAUAAUCCUGGAAUCAUAGCACUGAAAUAUGGUCCCCAGACACCUUUUACAAAUAGUUUCUUUUCAUUGACUAUCAUGUGACACGUUGAUGUGCCACAUAUUAAUGCUGAACAGAACAGCCUAUCAUACCAAGUCCUCCAGCAUGUGCAUCGAUAAGGGAAGUGCCCACAGCUGUUCCUUUUAGAAGUCCCAAUUCAGACGCAGCUUUUGCCGACAAACCAUGGUCAACCGGAUCACCGGGAGUCCUCACAUCAUUACCUUCGUAUCAAUAGUUCUCUUUGUUAAAAUAAAGUAAUUUCAUAUUAUCUGUCUAAACAUAAAA